UGCCCUAGGAAGGGGGGCAUGCGCUUCUGUGUUUAUCUUCUGCAGCAGUAAAUGCAACUUUUGCUUGGAGGAAAAUAAACAAUACAAAACAUGUCUAAAAUAGAGUUGUUGAGAGAGUUGCUCAACCAGAAAUUAACAGCGGCUGCUGAGGAGAUAUUUGGGGUAGUUGAAAAAACGAUAGCAGAGUACCAGGUAGACGUUUUCCGUACGAAAGAGGAGAACGAACGUCUUCGUGGGCUGUUGAUGUUGCAUAGAGGAGAGUCAGACUGCCAGCAGCAGGCUGAAGCUACUAUCACUUUGGUGCAGGUUGCCCCUGAGCAGCAGUCAUGUACUCAAGACUGGAGCCUCCGUCUAGGACAGGAGGACCCAGAGCCCACAGUGUCACAGUGUAAAGAGGAAGAGGAUACCCACUGGAUCAGUGAGGUUGAAGAGCACAUUCAAAGGCUGGAGUCUGAUCCCAAAGAAGAUCCAGACCAAGUAUCCACUCCUGAAGAUUUCACAUUCCAAAUGGAGGCAGAAGGGUCUGCAGAUGAAGCCAUCAAACUGAAAGUAAUCAUCAACGACAACAGAAUAGAGAAAGUGGUUCUGCCCUCUCAACCUGAUUCACUGAAUGAGCUGAUAUCAACGCUCAAGGAGAAACUACAUCUGAAGUUUGAUUUCUGUCUUCUUUAUGAAGACCCUGAUUUCAACAAUGAGCUCUUCAACUUAGAGACCAUUGAAGAGUUGCCUUCUCCUAGGGCUACGGUGAAAGUUUUGCCAAUACGACGUGAUACAGACCUCGGUUUAGCUGGACUCUCAGCCACUGAGUUACAGGACACCCCACCAGAGCGGCUAGGCAGGUGGCCUGAGGUAUUUGUCAUACCCACUUUCUCGAUGGAGGUUGAGUUUGCUCUGAGAGAGGGCAAUUGUGCAUAUCUGAGACAUGAAACUGUGCUGAAAAUAACAAGGGAUCAAAAACACAACAUUCUUGAUAGGAUGGCAUGGACCAUCUUCAAUUUCAAAGCUUACCCAAGUGACAGGCAGUUUGCCAAGGCAGCUGAGGCCCUUGUAACCAAGCACCCAUGUUUGAAAGAGCCUGGCUCAAGAACAGGCUGUGAUGGCUGGAAGAAUAGCCUGAAAUUCAAAAUGGGAAACUACAGGCAGAAGUUACGCCGUGUUGGGUUCCCAGAGGUUGCUGUGAAUGGGGGGAGGAGGAGCAAGCAUCGUCCUGACAAUGAGCAUGCUCGGAGCAACAUUAAACGAGCUCGCCGGGCAGAGGUGAACUUCCUGCCCAACUUCCCUCAAGGAGAAGACGAGGCCAGCCUGGAGAAACAGAGACUGGAGAUGGUCCACGAAAUUACGAAAGAAAACAGAGACUUGCCACUCAUCAAUCAACACAUGCAGAAGACAUUUGCUCUCCGACGCCAAGAAAUCGUGAAAUCCAGUCCCCCAGUAGAGCAUCUCAGAACACGCUGGCCAGCACUCUUCCUCGAAGCCCAGGUACAUGCUGAGUUUCAGAGAAUCACCAACCAGAGCCUGCAGCAGACGUUCUACGCUGCCUUGGACCACCACACGCCCCGCCUGCUGACUCUGUUCAGGGAGAAGGAGGGGAAGUCCACCACCUAUGGAGGGAAGUUCUCAAGCAUCCUGAGAGUGUACAAUGAGCAGUUCACUUCACAGGGAGAAAAGAACAUCACUGUGGCCCGCUCUGCAGUCCUGGCUGGUCUCCCUUUGUUGUUACGAGAGGAUAGUUCUGAUGUCUUCAAAGUCUGCAAGGUGGGAGAACUCAGCAACCCUGGUAUUCUGGAUGGCGUUUCCAUUCUCUCAGUGGUGGCCCAGCACAAUGAGGUGGUGGUGGGUGGUGUACCCAUCAGACCAGCCCAUGUAUCCAUUGUCCUUGAGGAUAAGAUCGUCAUGACUAACUCCCGCUCCUGGCCAGAUGCUCUCGUGGUUGUGUUUGGCCUACUCUACUCCCUCCAUCUGAACUACCCCAAGGCCCUGGGCAGCACCUUUGAGUUCAUGCAGAAAGUCUUCCUGAACCUCGACGAUGGAAAGCUGAAGCCCAAGCUGUUAGCGCUGAAAAAUGAACUGUUGGCCUAAUUCUGUAGUGAUGAGCUGGAAUUUUACUUACAGUGACCUCCUAUAUGCUGAGUGAGUCGUUUGAAAACAAAACAUUUUUCUUGGGGUUUAGUUGUUAUAUUUUUUUAUGUUUUUUGUGAAGGUAAUGGAUUUUAAAUUUUAUUUCAGUGCACUUGUAACCCUUUUAUGUGCAAUGAAGACACAUGACAGUCAACACAUUAACUUGCCACAUACAGUAGAUCUGCGACCCAGUUCUAUACCUUCGUUAUACAGCUGCAGAAAACCCCAAAAUGUAUUCUACAAGAUUUCACCUUUGCAGACAUUCCGACUGUCACAAAAUAAAUGUCGAUAAAAUGUUUAUUAAAGUGUCUUUACCUGC